GUAGCGUCUUCGAUACGCUCGCUCAUCUUUCAUCAAAAUGAACCUUUUAGCAAAUGCAAUUUCAUUGGCUAUUUGCCUCACAUAUUUUAUUUGUAGGGGAGAGAAACAAGAGGAACCCGUUGAUCCUAUUGAAACAAAAAAUAAAUGGGAUAAAAAUGGCUUUAUACUUUACUGUCCGUGUAUGGGUCGUUUUGGGAAUCAAGCUGAUCAAUUUUUGGGUGCCUUAGCUUUUGCCAAAGGUCUUAACCGAACACUUGUGCUCCCACCAUGGAUAACAUACCAAUAUGCAGUGCCUGGAUCUCAAAGAAUCCCAUUCGAUAAAUGGUUCAAAGUUGAACCACUUAAAGCUUAUCAUCGUGUUAUUACAAUGGAGAAAUUUAUGGCAAACAUUGCCCCAUCAAUUUGGCCUAAAGGAACACGGAUAGGUUUCUGCUACAUGUUUAGAGGAAAUGACAAAACAUGUAAAAUGAAAGAGGGGAAUCCAUUUGGUCCAUUUUGGGAUCAUUUUGAAGUGGAUUUUGAUAGUUAUGUUGAACAUAAAGGUCUACUCUAUAACACAGACUUUGUACCUGUUAUGAAUGAUUGGAACUCCAGAUUCCCAAGCUCAAAAUAUCCCGUCAUUGCAUUGAUGGGAGCACCAGGAGAUUUUCCUGUUGUGGAAAGGAACAGAAGACUGCAAAAAUAUUUACAGUGGUCAGAUGAAAUUGACAAGAUAUCUAAUGAAUUUAUCAAGAAUCAUCUUCCUGAAGGACCUUUUAUUGGCAUUCACUUAAGAACAGGUUCAGACUGGAAAAGUGCCUGCAAUCACAUAGGAAAAGAUUUACACCAAUUGUUUUCAUCACCUCAAUGUACUGGCUACAAUAAUGAAUACCAAUUGAGUAAAGAUAUGUGCUGGCCUUCCAAGGAAGAAAUUGCAAAGAAAACAAGAGCGAUUGUAAAACAAUACAAGGCAAAUUCUGUGUUUAUUGCCACUGAUAAUGAUCCAUAUACAUCAAUCAUUCAAAAAGAGCUUGAGACAUUAAAAAACACAGUGACUAUUCAUCAAAGGAGUGACCCAUACAGCCAAGAGGCACCUAUAAUAGAUCUGGCUAUUUUAGAAAAGUCUAAAGUUUUUAUUGGGAACUGUGUUUCCUCAUUUUCAGCCUUUGUCAAGAGAACUCGAGAUGUAAAGGGGAGACCAUCUGUUUUCUGGAGCUUUGACACCAAGAAGUCUCCAAAAACAAACUCUCCUAAGGAUGAAUUAUAACAUUUCUAUAUGCAAAAACCUUGUUGCACUUUCUCUCUGUUGUUGUCACUACAUUUUCCUAGUUAAAUUGUAGUUAACUCAGGUCCUGAUUCAAUAUCAGAGGAUGAUGUGCCUGAAUUAUAUAUCAGUCUUUAAUAAUAGGUAUUUAUUUUAGGAGGGAUACAUGCUUAGGGCCACAACUAUAAAACACUGAUAAGCAUUUGUUGAGCAUAAAAGAUUGAUUAUUUUUCCCCUGGUGAUUGAAACAAAGUGGUUUCAUAACAUAACAAUGUUUAGGCCAGCUAGUUACUGCAUUGUAUCUUUAUUCUGCAGGUUUAAUGAAGCGAAAGCAGUUACUACUGUACUUUAUUCUAUAAGUAAAUAAACGCUAAACCUAAGUAUAAUGCCUAUUUAUUUUCUAUUACCAUAGGAUAAAGGCUUAAGACCUCUUCUGUUGACUAUCAUUAAUAAUUUAUCACUGUACAAUUUAUGACUGUAUAUUUAUUAUUCUUGU